CCCUUUCAUCUCCAGCCAAUGGCAGUUAAGGUCAGGAGAAUCGUCCUCUGUUCUGUCGCAGUACCUUAAGAUCGGGCCUCUGUGGACUAACAGCCUCACCCUUCACUCCCCUAUCUCCCCCCCUCGGAGGUGUGCACGUGGGUGUUCGUCUCUCCCAGGACUGACUCACACAGUUCAAAGAAGGCGCAGGACAGGACGCACCGGGUUGUUCACUCUCUUUCUCCCGUUUGGAUUUUACUUUCCCAUAAGUUUUUUGGUGCUGAAGUGCUCCAGACUUAAUUUGGGGAUUGUUGUCCCUGUGGAGGAGUUUCACUUGUCUCCAUUUGGCACUUGACGCAUCUGUCACUGCGACUCCAACUGCGUGUCUGGAGCCGUCAAAGUCAUGCCGGCCGGGUUUCAGCAACUCGGAGGGGAGACAGUUACUGGAACCCUUGCACUCUCCGUCUUCACCGCUGUGCUGGGAUCUCUGGAGUUCGGAUACAACAUUGGUGUCAUCAAUGCCCCUCAGAAGAUCAUUGAGGCAGAAUACAAUGCUACAUGGGUGCAUCGGUAUGGAGAGCCCAUCCCCUCAGGGACCCUCACCUCCCUCUGGUCCCUGUCUGUGGCCAUCUUCUCCAUCGGAGGCAUGCUCUCCUCCUUUUGCGUGGGCUUUGUCUCGGAAUGGCUGGGCAGGAGGAAAGCCAUGCUCAUAAACAACAUGUUUGCCUUCAUCGGUGGAAGCUUGAUGGGAAUGUCCAAGCUCUGCGGCUCCUUUGAAAUGAUGAUUCUCGGACGUUUCAUCAUCGGGGCCUUCUGUGGGUUGGUGUCAGGUUUGACACCGAUGUAUGUGGGGGAGAUUGCCCCCACCAGUCUGAGAGGAGCACUGGGCACACUGCACCAGCUGGCUAUAGUCACUGGGAUUCUCAUUGCACAGAUUCUGGGCCUGGAUUCAUUACUGGGCAGCGAGCACUUGUGGCCUGUUCUGAUGGGUUUAACCAUCGUGCCGACUGUACUUCAGAUGGCUCUGCUUCCCUUCUGCCCCGAGAGUCCUAGGUUCCUCUACAUCGUCCGCUGCCGCGAACACCACGCCAAGAGCGGUUUGAGGCGGUUAACGGGCAGGCAGGAGGUGGGCGACAUGCUGGCAGAGAUGAAGGAGGAGAAGAGGCGGAUGGACAUGGAGAGGAAGGUGUCCAUCCUGGAGCUUUUUCGCUCUCCACUCUACCGCCAGCCCAUCAUCAUCUCCAUCCUGCUGCAGCUCUCACAGCAGCUGUCCGGGGUCAACGCGAUUUUCUACUACUCCACCACUAUAUUUAUGAAUGCAGGAGUCCAGAGUCCGGUCUAUGCCACUAUAGGAGCUGGUGUGGUGAACUGUGCCUUCACUGUUGUUUCACUCUUCCUGGUGGAGAGGAUGGGUCGCCGGACACUCCACAUGCUCGGACUGGGAGGAAUGUGCAUCUGUGCCAUUAUCAUGACGAUAGCUCUGGCUUUACUGGAGAGUGUACCCUUCAUGAGCUACAUCAGCAUGCUGGCCAUCUUUGGUUUUGUCGCCUUCUUUGAGGUCGGUCCAGGUCCCAUUCCCUGGUUCUUCGUAGCCGAGUUGUUCUCUCAGGGCCCGAGACCGGCUGCAAUGGCUGUGGCUGGUUGUUCCAACUGGACGGCCAACUUCAUCAUUGGCAUGGGCUUCCAAUAUGUCGCUGAGCUCUGUGGGCCAUACGUCUUCCUAAUCUUCGCAGCACUCCUCCUCUUCUUCCUCAUCUUCACAUUCUUCCGGGUGCCAGAGACGCGGGGAAAGACCUUUGACCAGAUCUCAGCGACCUUCCACCAUUCCUCUGCGGGAGGGAUGAUGAACAUGGACAUGGACAUGGACAUGGACAUGGACAAGCCCAGCACCGAGAUGGACUACUUGGGCGAAGAAAGCAUAAACUGAAGAGCUUGAAGAGAAACAGAACUGAGUAAAGCUGUGGAUGAACUGUGUGAAUGUAUUUGACUCCAAACAUGAAUUUUAUGACAUGUAUAUUGAGAUUUACCUUUAUAUGCACAUGGAUUGUGACGCCAAAGCAGUGUUUAAGGUGUGUGACAGUUUGGGUGCAUUUGAAUUGUCCUUUGUUGGUACCACUGCUAUUCAAGGUUAAUAGAGAAGAGUUGUGUCACAACAAAGGCUAAUAAAAAUAAAAACUUACAUUUAAAGAGUCGACAGAUGACACACAUAAGAAACGACUCAGCUGGCUGCAACACUGUCAAGGGAGAGAGAAGGAUUUCCUGCACUUUAUUUACAAAAAUAGGAUAAUAUAUAAGCAUGGAGUUGCUCUUGUUGAAAAGAGACAACACAACUUUAAAUGGCUCUAAAUUCAACUGGAAGGAACAAGAUUUUAAUCACACAGACGCAGUUUGAGUUUUUCAAUUUAAUGCUUUGGUGUUUGUAUUUUCAUAUUCCUCCAAGUAUAUGGAAAAAACAUUUUAAAAGUUUUUUUCUAAUUGUGUGUUAGAUUUAAAAAUGAGCAAUGAAAAACUUCAAUCCACUAUAAUGCCAACACUCCAUGGUGAUCUAACCCCCCCAGAGGGGGCUAAACUGGGUUUUAAUCAUGAGGUGUAUUCCCAGUUAACACUAAGGCAAAGUGCCUUAACCAAGUAUUUUUUAUAGAUCAAGAAACUCAUUGCACAACCUGUAGAAAUACUAUUUAAUUAAUGAAGCAGUCUAUUUUACUACUACUUUGUGUGUACAUAGUGUGUCGUUUGGUUACUGUUUUAAGGGUGUGAGGGUCUAAGCUCUUUAAUUCUUUAUACACAAUAGCAGGUGUUUGGGUUAGUAAACAGAAGCUUAAUAUUAUGCAACUAGAAGUGCAAUCUUGAGAGGCUGCAUGUGUAGAGAUUUAUAUCAAGUGUCACAUUUUUCUGGUGGCCUGUCAUGUGUGCCCUUUGCUGUCUGUUCCAUUAAAAAGGUCCAGUGUGUAACAUUUAGGAGGGUUUAUUGGCACAAUUAGAUUAUACUGCACAUAAGCAUGUUGUAUGAAUAAAGGUCCUUUGGUUUUUUAA